UUUCUCGUGACAUUUUUGUCUUUUCGAACAGUUAAUACCCUAGUUUAAUCCCAUUGAUUUGCUGCCCCAGUGAGUACGUAGAUCACUCACUCCAUCAUUCAAUCAAUCAAUUUGGUCGGUAGUCGAUACGCAUUGACCUAUGAAAACAUCGAUGUAUGUAAAUUUAUAAGUUUGAUCCAUUGAUCAAGCAGCUUACAUUUUGGUACAGUUGGUGAUGCUAAUUUGAUUGGAUUCAUAGAAUCAUGAGGAUUGGUACGUUGACAGUGGAGGAGAGAGAAGAGGAGAGGGAGAGGCAGAGGAAGAAGGCGGUGGAGGAUGAGGAUGAGGAUGAAGUGGUGGCGGAGGAGUAUGUGGUGGAGGACGUUCGGGAUCACGAUCACGGGAGGUUAGCAAAACGUCGGAGUCGGUUCACGUUAUUGGCAGGAGAUUUAGGGCUAGAUCCGACUCGUAGAGGUUUCAACACAGAGAAAUUCAUCGAUGGCAUCAGAGGAUGCUCCCCUGGUCUCUUCAUCCAUCCUCAAAACAGUUGGUACCGAGCUUGGGAGAAAUUCAUAUUAAUAUGGGCAGUGUACUCUUCUUUCUUCACACCUAUGGAAUUCGGUUUCUUCAGGGGAUUACCUGAAAACCUCUUUUUCUUGGACAUAGCUGGUCAGGUAGCUUUCCUGGUCGACGUUGUUCUACAAUUCUUUGUAGCCUACAGAGACAGUCAGACCUACAAAAUGAUUUCUAGUGGCAAUCUGAUUGCUGUUCGGUACCUCAGAUCUCAUUUUGUGUUUGAUAUACUUGCCUGUAUGCCUUGGGAUAACAUCUACAGGGCUUCUGGAAGAAAAGAAGAAGUGAGGUACCUUUUGCUAAUUAGGUUGGUUCGAGUACGCAAAGUUCUAGAAUUUUUUUCAAGGCUGGAGAAGGACAUACGGGUUAACUAUCUGUUCUCAAGGAUCAUAAAACUUAUUGCUGUUGAACUCUAUUGCACACAUACGGCAGCAUGCAUAUUCUAUUAUUUGGCUACAACUCUGCCAGCAGUUGAAGAAGGAUACACCUGGAUUGGGAGUCUUAAACUGGGUGAUUAUAGUUACUCAAGCUUCAGAGAAAUUGAUAUUUGGAAGCGCUAUACAACAUCCUUAUAUUUUGCUAUCAUUACUAUGGCUACAGUGGGUUAUGGGGAUAUCCAUGCAGUCAAUUUGAGAGAGAUGAUAUUCGUAAUGGUCUAUGUCUCAUUUGACAUGAUUCUUGGUGCUUAUUUGAUUGGUAACAUGACAGCCUUAAUUGUGAAAGGAUCAAAAACAGAAAGAUAUAGGGACAGAAUGACAGAUCUCCUUAAAUAUAUGAACAGAAAUAGACUUGGAAGAGACAUACGCAAUCAGAUCAAAGGUCACCUGCGAUUACAGUAUGAGAGCAGCUACACUGAUUCUGCUAUUCUUCACGACCUUCCAAUUUCUAUACGUGCCAAGAUAUCUCAAACUCUCUAUAAGUCAUAUAUUGGAAAUGUUCCUCUUUUCAAGGGAUGCUCCUUGGAAUUCAUCAAUCAAAUUGUAACUAAAGUGCACGAGGAGUUUUUCCUCCCAGGGGAAGUAAUUAUGGAACAAGGCAACGCGGUUGAGCAAAUUUACUUCAUCUGCCAUGGUGAGCUGGAGGAAAUUGGUAUAGGUGAAGAUGGAUCUGAAGAGACUGUAUCCAUUCUAAAACCUCACAGCUCAUUUGGAGAAGUUUCUAUUCUGUGUAACAUUCCCCAACCUUAUACAGUUCGAGUUUGUGAGCUUUGUAGGCUUCUUCGGCUUGACAAACAAUCUUUCUCUAAUAUCCUUGAGAUAUAUUUUCAUGAUGGGCGAAAAAUUCUGAACAAUCUAAUAGAGUUUAAGGCAACUGAUGAUCGCAUGAAGCAAUUAGAGACGGAUAUUAUAUUGCAUAUUGGAAAACAAGAGGCAGAGCUUGCGCUGAGGGUCAACAGUUCGGCUCAUUAUGGUGAUCUGUAUCAACUUAAAAGCUUAAUUCGAGCUGGAGCUGACCCAAACAAGAAAGAUUAUGAUGGAAGGACACCAUUGCAUCUUGCUGCAUCAAAAGGAUAUGAAGAUAUCACUCUUUUCCUUAUUCAAGAAGGUGUUGAACUUAAUGUUUUAGAUAAUUUUGGAAACACACCCUUAUUAGAAGCCAUCAAGAGUGGACAUGAUAAGGUGGCUUCCUUACUAGUCAAAGAAGGUGCCUCAUUGAAGAUAGAUGAUGCCGGUUGUUUCUUGUGUUCAACCGUGGCAAAAGGGGAUAUUGAUUAUAUCAGAAGGAUUUUAUGCAAUGGCAUUGAUCCAAACUCAAAAGACUUUGACUUCCGAACUCCACUUCAUGUAGCUGCGUCACAAGGAUCUUAUAUAAUAGUUAAGAUGCUGGUGGAAGCUGGAGCUAGUGUUCUAUCAAAGGACAGAUGGGGUAAUACUCCACUUGAUGAGGGGAGAAUGUCCGGAAACAAAUUGCUGAUCAAACUACUAGAAGAAGCAAAAUCUGUUCAGUUGUCGGAACUCCCCCAAGGCUCUCAAGAAAUAACAGACAAAAUGCAUCCGAGGAAAUGUACAAUAUAUCCAUUUCACCCAUGGGAAACAAAGGAAAAGAGCAGGUUUGGAGUAGUUGUAUGGAUUCCACGCACCAUUGAGAAACUCAUAAAAAUGGCAGCAGAGCAGUUGAAGUUGCAGCUUCACCCUGAUUCUUGUAUAGUAACCGAAGAUGCAGGUAAAAUUCUUGAUGUUGAUAUGAUUAUAGAUGACCAAAAGCUGUACUUAAUCACGGAAGAAUGAGUGUUGUGUAAUAUCAAUUUCUGUAACAUUGUCACACGAUUAUUGCAAUAUAAAUAAACUUUGUCC